UAAGUAAAGUGUUUUGUGCCAGAAGUAAUGGUAUCAAGUGGCCACGACUUCUGUCAAUUUGCUCGUCGACGACAUGCUGUGCUGUGUUUGCCCACACACUCGUUAACCCGCAUCAGCCUCAUUGCAAGAUCAACUAAUUGCCAAAGCCGCUCAUGUCGACCCCGGCCGGGGAAGAAGACAAAGCCGAGAAAGCAACCGCAUGGCAACAAGGCGCAGCUCGAUUCACAAGCAAGCGCAAUAGCGAAUACUUUGAUCCCUGUCAAGAAGCAGCCGACCGCAGUCUGAAAUGCCUACGGCGCAACGGUGGCGAUCGGGCCAUGUGUCAGGAUUACUUUGAUGCGUACAAAGAGUGCAAAGAGUCAUGGAUGAAGGAGAGGCAGGAAUGGAAACGAGAGCAGAAGCGCAAGAACGGGACCUGGUUUUGACA